AGGAUCGAACAAUCCCAGAUCUGCGGUCGGAGAAAAUACGAAGGAUGCACGUCAGCAAAAUGGUAAUGCAGAAUCAAGGAACAGAAGAACAAGCAGCAAAGCCAUGAUCGACCGAACCCUGUUAUUGAUGUGUCUGUGGCGCUAGCUAGACCUCCCGUAGGUGGUUAUCAAAAACUGUUCCGCAGCAUUUUAUUAUUUUUGGUUCAUACUCCGUACCUUGAUCGACGAGAUCAUCCUUUGAUGUCCAGUCAUUCGGCCUCCCAAAAACCUCACCAUACGCACUACGACGUCCUUCUCCUCCCACGCGGUGCAGAUUGGAGCCGCUUGUCCCAAGAGGACGUCAAAUCAGCAUACCGUCGCGCUUUGCUGAUCCAUCAUCCAGACAAGGCUGCUCACUCUUCGUUAAAGCCCACGCCCCCAUCUCGUCCGCGGGCAUACGCCGUCGAUGACAUCGUCACUGCAUAUGAGGUCUUAAUCGACCCAGAGAAGCGCGCAGCUUAUGACGAGGCACUCGACAAGCGAAAAGCGCUGGAGUCGGGGCACAAGGGCACACAUAUUGGCGUGGAGGUCUGGGACCUGGAAGAUCUGAAGUUCGACGAGGCCAAAAAUGUUUGGUCCAAGUGCUGUCGAUGUGGUGAUGAGCAGGGCUAUAUCUUGACAGAAGCUGAUCUUGAAAAGGAAAGUCAGCACGGAGAAAUCUAUGUUGGCUGUCGAGGUUGUAGUCUGUUUAUCAAGGUCUUGUUCGCAGCCGCUGAGGGAUAGGAACAUGGUAGUGGUUCGAUGAUCGUGUCCAGCCAUCAGCGAUGAUCAUGACUUGUCCGUCAUUGAGAUCUCUUUGGGGACGCCGCCUCCUCCAACUUGUUCAACGAUUCGAUAGCCUCACUGACAUCUUCCGACCGUCCACGCAAGACUGCCUCGAAUUCCUCCUUGACCGCAAGGAACGCAUCAGCAAGUUCUCGUGUAUGCUCGAUGAUUUGGGCUUCGACUUCGGCCUUUCGACGUGAGAGUGCUAGGAGUCUUGACAGGUGGGCAUCUUGAAUGCGGACACUGUGCAGAUGAGUGUUGUCAGUAUACUGCUAGGACACUGAAGCCUCGAACGAUCUUUAGUAGAGGCAAGAAAAGCAGAAUGACAAGGGAGAGGGAAGACGCGCAGUAUAUGGAAGAAGAGUACAGCCCUGGGAUUCUCCAGGUGAGGAAUCAAGUGAGAUUCGACAGCAUGAGAGGAGAAGGCGCACCACAAUGAAACAAGAGAAGGUCACUGGCAAAAUCAGAGACCGAGUAUGUGUCGAUAUUAAGGGAAGUUCAGUGAUAACAUGCCAUCUGGACAUCAAGAGGGAAGGAAAAUGAAGAAACUUACACAUCCUCCUUCCCUUCCGCAACCCUCUCAUCUAUCUGGCCUUCCAACUGCCGGACCUGACUCUCAAACUCCUUCUCGAGACGUUGUUGUUUUUGUUCUUUACGAAGGCCCGUCUAUCACCUUUCAGCGUCAGUCACCUACGCACCCUCUCACACGUCCCGCCAGCUCCCGAACAUGGGAAAGAGGGAGACUUACAUCCACAGCCAUAGUCCUCUUCAAACUCUCCUCGAUUUCUCCGAUUUCACUCCCACCACCACUUCCUCCACCAGACAUCUCCAUGCCAGAGUCAUUGUUGUCGUCGAGGGAGUUGUCCCAGUCGUUGUGAGAAACUCUGGGAUGGGCGGGCGCGGGUUUGCAGGAUGGACGUCUUGCUGGCAUGUUGAGGUGGUCCGUCGAGCAGGCGCUGAGGUAAAUGGUAGUAGAAGCCAGGUGUGUUGAGAUAUUGGGGAGGAAAGGAAUAUGGUCACGGUGGUCACGUUGAAAGAAUAGAGUCGAGUCGAGGCCAGAGAGCAUGAGGGCAGUAGUUCUAAGUGGAGGAGAGACAACCCCCUGCUCUCACUGCAUUACGUACAAUUCUUGCUUGAUGGUAUGAUUUCAAGUACUCUCUGCUCGCUACUGGCCAUGAUGAAU